ACCAUUCAAAUAAAAACUUGAAACAGAAAGAUUCACAAGUCAGUUCGAUUGGAGACGACAGCCAGCGGCAGCCCUUCUCGAAGAGUUUUCAAUUAUUUAUUGUCGAAUCAAUGGCGCCACCUCCUGGACCUUACUCCGGCACCAGCACGCUCGCCCUGGUGGCUCGUGUGUCGGCCUUCAGUUUUGGUGUGGUUUAUGGUAGCAUGAAGCUCAAGAUUCUUAAGAUGAAGGCAAAGUCCCAUAAGAAAGCAGAAGCCAAGGCACAUCACUGAGGGGCUAUUCAUCGUAUGGAAUAACAAGACAUGGGGCUCCUGUUUCAAAUUUGAAGCAUUUGAACACUAUUGUUGGUAAUUAAUUUUGGUUUAUUAUCUUUACCGGUAGAAUUCUCAGUAUUGAUUUUACUUUUGAAAGUGCGUGAGGAUAAGAUCUUGAUCUAAGUGUUGCUAGUUUAUCCUCUGAACUGUUGGAAUUCACAUUAUCUUCAUAGGGAGAAGGAGAAUUAUUGUUUUGGUUUAGUUGACUCCCUUUUGUCAAUUUUUUUUCACGAUCUAAUGGAAUAAUUUGAGUUUGGUGCA